AAGUAAAAAGCUAUCUCUUUGAUAAUAACGUCAACAUGGCUUCACGAUUUCCCCGGUCGAAUCUCCACCAACGCGAUCCCCGCGCUUCUUCGUCGCUCUUUGAUUCCUACGGUGGCGGUUCCCGGUCCGGUAGCAAGUCGCCCGGGCAUAUCGGCGGUGGGUACGGGGGAUACGGGGAAGGGUAUAUGAACGGUGGUAGUGCUGGUGGAAGCAACUAUCGCACUGCGACGCCGGAUAAGAGAGGCCAUUACUCCGAUGCAGUCCUCUCAUCUCUUGAGUCGCAGAAUGAUGCCGAGGUGGAGGGGAUCAGUGCAAAGGUCAAGAUGCUGAAGGAGUUAACUGUCGCUAUUGGUGACGAGAUCCGCGAGUCAUCCGCACUUGCAGAAAAAAUGAACGACUCCUUCGAGGCGUCGCGCGUCCGUCUUCGCGGCACUAUGAACCGAAUGCUCCGCAUGGCCGAACGCACCGGCGUCGGCUGGCGUGUCUGGCUGUGCUUCUUUCUCGCGGUUUUUCUUCUUUUCGCCUACGUGUGGCUGACAUAGCCACAUGGUGCAUGAUUCUUAUAUUCCUAAACUUGGUUCUAAUCUGUAUAGCCAAUUAGUCUUGACCCGGCGUUUGGAGUGAAAAUUGCCAAGAUCUUUGAUAGAUGUAUAUACAGGUAUCUUAAGACUUGAAAACAGAAAACAGUGGUUUGACAUUUACAUCGUUCACUUCUAGAAUGAGCUUAUAGUCCCCAUUCUGAGCCUUCUUACCUUGUCGAUCGGCAUCGGAUGAAUUCCCUCUUCGGCCGGUGAUAAGACGGACUUAACGUCACAUAUCACCAUCCAACAAGGUCUCUACACUUUCGUGAUUCAAUGAUACUGGGAUUUGAUUCUCGGCGAGUGACAUUAAUCUCUCCGAGGGAGCUUGCCCUUCGGGCGAUACGCAUAUAUAAAGCAGGUCACCUACUGCUAGAGGUUAGGCACAACCAAGUUUAUUAUUUAAUAUCCUAUUCUAUCUUAAAACUUCUAACGAGAAGAUGCAGUGGCUGGUCACCGGC